UCCAUGAGAUAUCAGGCAAUGAAUGGAAACCCCUCGACCACCCGCUUUCCUCAGCUGCCGCGCUCUCCCCCCUCCUGCAACUGCGAGCCUGGCGCAGCCCGAUGAGCGCUAAUGUCUGUGGCCAUAGCAGGUUGCGGCCAUAAGGUAUUUAUUAUCAAUUCUUUCUUGAGCAGCUAGGAAGAGCAGAAUACAGCCUGUGCAAGUCAUGUGAGGUGGUGUAAUUUCGGUGUUGCGAAGAGAGAGCGAGGGGAAAGCUCUUCGGAGGCAGAACAUGUUCCCUUCUUCUUUCGGAGAUGUGGUCCAUGCCAUCCCUGUUUGGCUGAGUUCGCCAACUGGGCCAAUGCGUUCUUCUAUCGGCUAAACCCCGGCUUCAGGCUUAGUCAUGUUACAGCGCCUCUGGGCAUUUGGAUGUCGACAGUCUCAUUGAUGUUCCGACAUCGAAACCGAACCGUCCCGUCACUCGCCAUUGCGACCAACAGCCACCAUGGCUUCCAAAGCAGCAGCGAAAGCUGCGAGCGAUGUCAGCAUUAGCAUUACCAAGAAAUACACCGUUCAAUCAGUCGGCAUCUGGGAGCGCCUCCGCCGCGCAACAGCAAUCGACCCGAACCGCUCCAACGGCGUGCCGCUGAACCCAUACAACCGCAACCCUGCCCCCGGCAGCAACGACCCGCUCAAGUACGACGACCCGGUCUCGCUGCCCGCGGGGGACAUUGCCGACAACCCCUACUGGAAGCGCGACGCGCGCCGCAACUACCCGCGCCUGAGCGUCAUCGGCCAGGCCCAGCAGGUCGCGCUGCUGACGGUGGGCAGCGCCGCCGAGCCCCGCGUUGAGCUGAUUGGCGAGGAGGGCUCCAAGGCCCUGGUCAAGGCCGAGGAGGACGGCAAGCCCGAGGCCGGCGGCUUGGCUGCGUACCUGGAGGAUAAGGGUGUUGAGGCCGCGAAUAGGGUGCUCCAGAUGACGGGUGGCUUACCGCCGCUGCCGAGCGGGCAGAGUCUGGCUACGGGGAAGUGGGAUGUGCAUAAGUAUGACUUGGUGGAGGAGCAGUCGUAUGGCGAGGGCUACCCGUGUAGGUCCUUCUCAUGAGAGGCCGGGGGGCGCAGAGAGAUGGGGGCAACGGGACGGUGUACAUAUAGCGGGCAAGAAGACGGAUGCAUAGAAGUGUGCAUUCAUUACAAGCUUUGACAAGUUUUCUUGGUGUCGAUUCAUGCCUUUGUCUCUUCCGCUCAACAACCGGAAGAAGUUCGCCUGAAUCUCCAACCCAGCCGUUACAGCUAUAUCCAGUAUACAAAACUCCCUUCAUCAAACGCCC